AUGAGUGGGGUUGGCUGUUGGUGUGGUGGUUGGAGGUUGAUGACUGCGGGAGUGGGAGUUACUGCGGGUGGGGGUGGCUACGGAGCUGUGGGGGUGGGAGUUGCUUUGGGUGGGGAUGGCUAUGGAGCUGCAGAGGUGGGUUUAGUUGCGGGAGGCAAGGGCUGGGGUCUCCUGCAGAUUUGCAGCAUGGUUGUGGGGAAGGGCAGUGGGGGCCUCAUUCUGCUUGGUGGGGGAGUGUGUGGCCCCGCAAGGGGGUGUAGAUUCUUUGCCCAAGCCCUUUGGGGAGGGGGCUCUUCGCUUAGUGCGAUGUCUAGAUCUAGAGGAGAGGCCUCGAACGCGCCUCACGAUAUGGAUUUCUAG